AUGUAUGGAAGCGAUGAAAAAAUACAUAGAGAUGACCAUCGUUUAUUUAUAUUGUCAAUGGUUGUAUAUCAGGUGUGGAAGGAAUUUGUGUAAGCGGAUGGGUUGAUACGUUCACACAGGUCGUCAUGGCUCCGUUCGUACGGAGUUUUAAAGGAAACAUCCACCGGUUUUUAAUUGAUGUUCAGAUAUUACAAUAUCUUAUCAUAUUAGUUGGACUAUUUAAUUUAUCUCUGUGCCUCUACGAAGAUCAAGUUGGGAAAUUUGACUGGAAACAGAAUUAUGUCGGUAAAAUUAAAUUCGCCAGUUUUGACACCGUCUCGGCCGCGAAAAAGAUAAUUGUUGCUACUGAGGAAAAUGUUAUUGCUGCGUUAAAUCUAAAGUCAGGACAAAUACUAUGGAGACGUGUAUUAGAAAAAGGAUAUGGCGGUCGGAUUCGAGCAUUAGGUGGAGUUACAGAUGGAGAUCUUGUCUCUGUGAGUGGAGGUGUACCAGCUAUUGUUCGUGCAUGGGAUUUAGCUACUGGACAUAUAUUUCAUGAAUGGCCAAUUGCUGAACAAAACCAUGAUAGAAUUAAAGAUGUGAAAUGGCACAUAAAAGAUGGAACAUUACAUCAUAUUUUACCAAUUUAUAAUAGUGCCGUAGAAGUAACAUCUUAUGAUAGUAAAACAGGAGAUAAAUUAAAAACAAGAAGAGUCUCAGCACCAUUUAUAACUCAAGAAACAGAAUGUGUUCUAGCUGCUCCAUAUUUAGCUUGUUUAAAAGGAGAUAGUUCGUUAGCUGUAUUGUUGUUAGUACAUUUAUUUGAUACACAUUCUCAACCACAAUCAGUUACAAUAAAUACUAUAUUUGGUGCUGGCGCACAAGGUCCAUAUCAUUUAGAAUCAGUAUUAGGUGAAGAACCUAUUGUAUCAAUUAGCGCAGAUAAUAACCAACGGAAACGAAUUCUUCUUGUUGGGGAAGUACCUGUUCCUAUUCAAAGGGAUAUAGUAGGAGAUGCAACGCUUUAUGUUGUGUCAGUUGAUAAUGAGAAAGUACUUUUAGAAACAACAUAUAAAAAUGGGGCAAAAAUUGUUGCUUCAGAACUUUUAACAUCAAAAUCUAUGCCAAAUAUAUCUAUCAGCGUAACACAUAAUUCAUUGCUCUCACCAACAAUCAUAGCUUCUGUUUGUCCUCGGCAAACGAAAGGCGUAACUUGCCGUCAUUUAUUCGCUUCAGAAGAUCACAGUGUUGCCUUGCUACAGCAUAAUAAAUUAAUAUGGGCUAGAGAAGAAGCACUUGCUAGCAUUGUAGCAGUGGAAAUUAUAGAAUUGCCCAUGUCAGAUAGGGAUCAAGAAAUAGAAACAGAAUUCGAUCAGAAAGAGAGGGAUGUGUUGAGCAUGAUGUUUAGAAGAGUCGGUUCUCAACUUAAACAAGUGAAGACAUUUCUUCAAUCCAUAUUAAGCCUCACACCUCAACAAUCAAAUCAACGCAUGGACUUAGUACGAGAUAAAUUCGGAUUACAUAAAAUGAUUGUUCUUGUUACAUCGGCAGGAAAAUUAUAUGGUAUUGAAACUAGAAAAGGUGAAAUUAUUUGGCAACUUAGAGUACGAGGUAUUCGUGGUUUUAAUAAAAGAUCUGAUGCAAUAAUUUUAUACGUACAACGUGGUAGCCGGCAUUUUCCAUAUCCACCACAAUGCGCGUUAUUAGCCGAGGAUAAACAAACAGGAGAAGGAAUUGUAUAUACUUUUAAUCCAAUUACUGGCCAACCACUAGAUGGUUUAGUAAAAUUAGGUUAUAAAAUAAAACAAUCUAUGUUACUUCAUGUAACAACAGAUGAUUUUCUGCGAGGCAUACUUAUUUUUGAUAUACGAGAUAAAGUUCACGUAUAUCCAAAAGGUGCAACUGCAAUUGCUGCAUCAAUUGCUAAAAAUACAUAUAUAUUUACUACUGAUCAAACAACUGGAAUAUUGUCUGGAUACUCUUUAUCAUAUAGUACAUCUCAAGAACUUAUUUCUCAUAAAGUAUGGGAAUUACUGCUUUCGCCAAAAAACCAAAGAAUAACACACGUUGUAUCGAAAAAUCCAAUAGAACGUGUUCAUUCCCAGGGUAGAGUUCUAAGUGAUAGAUCAGUUCUAUAUAAGUAUAUAAAUCCUAAUUUAGUCACAAUUGUAACUGAGGGUGUUGGACACACUCAUAAAAAUACGCUUAAUUUGUAUUUAUUGGAUGUAGUAUCUGGAGCAAUGAUAUUUUCUAUUAUGCACAAAAGAGUACGUGGCCCAGUACAUAUUGUGCAUUCAGAAAAUUGGAUAGUGUACAGCUAUUUUAACGAAAAAAAUCGUAGGACAGAAAUUGCUAGUUUAGAAUUAUAUGAAGGAAAAAUACAGAGUAAUACCACAGUGUUUUCAUCUUUAGCUACAACUAAGUUGCCUAUUGUAGAAAGGCAAGCUUUUAUUUUUCCAGCUGCAAUAGAAUCUAUGCGGGAAACUAUUACAGAAAAAGGUAUCACAAGCAAACACAUUAUCGUGGCCCUAGCUAAUGGUGGAAUAUUGGAAUUACCAUGGAUGAUGAUAGAUCCACGGCGGCCUAUUAAUCCCGAAGUACGCGAGGAGGGUGUGAUACCAUACAUGCCAGAGAUACCUAUUCAUAUGGAUGCAAUAAUUAAUUAUAAUCAGAGCGUCUUUAGGAUUUCCGGUAUUCAUACUAGUCCUAGUGGCCUUGAAAGUACUUGUUUAGUUUUUGUACACGGUCUCGACUUAUUCUACACACGCGUGGCACCGUCUAAAACAUUUGACGUUUUGAAAGAAGAUUUUGAUUAUUAUCUUAUUGUGAUAGUAUUGGCAGCGCUUUUAAUUUCGUCGUACAUCACAAAGAAACUAGCAUCACAAAAAGCGCAAAAACAAGCAUGGAAAUGAUGUUUCAUUUCUCUAGAAAAUCAAUGCAUUACAUUCUUAAAUAUUUGUUCACUAAAAGCAAAACAUUUUGCUGAUAAUAAUUUGUAAAAAAAUACUGUUUUAUAAAAAGCCAAUGUUACUGCAAAGUGAAUGUUAAUAAUUUAUUAUCUUACCUAAAGUAUCUUAAUAUAUAUAU